GGGCAAAGGUCCCCGGCCGGACUCUGCCCCCCCCGGCCAUGGAGCUGCCGAGCGCCUGCCGCCAUCCCGGCUGGUUCCUGCUGACCCUGCUGCUGGGGCUGCUGCUGUGGGUCCGGAGGAGACGCGGGUGGGACCCUCGGCAGUGCCCCACGGACCUGAGCGGCAGGACUGUCAUUGUCACCGGGGCCAACAGCGGCAUCGGCAAGUGCGUGGCGCUGGAGCUGGCUCGCAGGAACGCCCGCACCAUCCUGGCCUGCCGGAGCCGGGAGCGGGGCCGGGCGGCGCUGGAGGAGAUCCGGGCGGCCACGGGCAACGCGGCCGUGGUGCUGCGGGAGCUGGACACGGGCUCCAUGGCCUCGGUGCGCUCGUUCGCACGGGACGUGCUGCGGGAGGAGCGGCGCUUGGAUGUGCUGGUUCACAACGCUGGGGUCAGCGGUCUCCCCUUCACCAUCACCCCCGAGGGGCUGGAACAAACCUUCGCCAUCAACUACCUGGGCCCGUUCCUGCUGACGAACCUGCUGCUGGAGCUGCUCAAGGCCUCGGCCCCCGCCCGCAUCGUGACCGUGGCCUCGUUCCGGCACCGCUCCGGUACCGCCGACAGCCGCUUCCUGAGCGGGCAGCGCCGGCCCCGGGGUGCGGACACCGCUUACAGCAGCAGCAAACUCAUGGGGGUGCUGUUCAGUACCGAGCUGGCCAGGAGGCUGCGGGGCACAGGGGUCACCUCCAACGCUGUGAGCCCGGGUAUGGUGAGCACCAACAUCAUGCGCCACUUCAGCUGGGCCGUCCGGGCUCUCUUCGCCCUCAUCCGCCCCUUCCUGAAGUCGGCGGCACAGGGAGCCCUCAGCACCAUCUACUGCGCGGUGUCGGAGGAGGCUGCCGGCAUCACGGGCAAGUACUUCAACAGCGACUGUGUCCUGGAGCUGCCGUCGGCUGCCGCCCGCGAUGUGAGCCUGGCACAGGAGCUGUGGGACGAGUCCGAGCGGCUCACGGGGCUCAGCCGCGGCUCCCGGCACUGACACGGCCGUGGCUCUGCAUGGUGAUGCCGCAGCCAGGUCCCAUGCAGGCCACGCGGCACCAAGCACCAUGUGCCGGGAGCUGCAGCAGCUCCAGCAUCUCACCAUUCACCAGGAUUUGGCACCGCAGCUCAUCCAGCCCCUUCCCCAAAGAACGAGCAGCCACAGGGCUCAUUGUGCCAAAACAGUCACCACGACGGUGCCACCGUCGGCGGCACAACUGCUUUAUUAAAGGCGGUGUUGCCAUAACCGCUAUUCCCAGGUGAUGUCCAGCUCCAGGUGCUGCUUCCUCACGCUCUGCA